AUGGUGCACCGAUAUUUCACAUUGAUCCACGCAACUUAUAACGCGGCCCACGGGUAUGGAGACGGACUUGACGAUAUGAACGGUUCUGAGGAACCAUUAGGUGCUGUACUGGACGACCUGGGGACAUUUACCGCGCUUCGAGACCCCCCUGGAGCCAUUUCGUCACCGCCGUACGCCAACUGGGCCUGGCAGACCCCGCUCUCCGACGACCUCGACCUCGACCUCAACUUCAAUCUUCAACUCCCCUUGACUGACUUGUCCCUGUUCAUCCCUCACAACCUCUACGGGACGAGUCAUUAUCGAAAGUGGUGUCUUCUCUGGACCACCAACUUGUACCUCCCAAGGUGGUACCACGAAUCCACGGUCCCUGCCAACAGCGCAGCGCAGCCUAGCUGCAUCUACAGCAAGCUUAUUUGA